AUGGCAGAAGUUUGUGUCUCGCGGCUGGAAGGACGAACAGAAACUUCUGAUAGGGUUAUCCCGGGGGUAGAAGGUGUCGUGGGGCAGUUGUCGGGUACAGACCAAACGGUCGUAGCCGCGAUCGACUUUGGUACCACCUAUUCCGGGUACGCUUACACAUACCGGCGAGAGUAUGAGAAGUCAGCCGGGUCUCGAGAAAUAGUCAUCAACAGGUGGUCUCCCAAAACGGGGGCCCAUCUCUCGGCCAAGGCCCCUACCACCGUACUGUUUGACCCUGAGAUGACCUUUCACUCAUUCGGGUACGAGGCUGAGGAGAAAUAUGCGGACCUAAUACAGGAGAAACAACAUCAAGACUGGCACUGCUUCAGGAGGUUCAAAAUGAAGCUACACGACAAAAUGACUCUGAAGCGCAAGCUCAAGAUCGAGGACGAGGCUGGUCGAACGUUCCCUGCUAAAACAGUGUACACAGAGAGCAUAAGAUACCUUUAUAAGAAAGUGUUGGCUUCUAUCGAGACUCGCACUUCAAAGAAAGGCAAGGAAACGAUUGACUGGGUGCUUACUAUCCCCGCUAUCUGGACUGAACCUGCCAAACAGUUUAUGCGCGAAGCAGCAGUUGCGGCUGGAAUACCUACAGCUAAUCUUCAGAUAGCCUUGGAGCCAGAAGCGGCCGCAGUCUACUGUCGCUCCCUCCCGGACGGUACACUGGUCGACUCGCAUGACCGCGGGUUGAAGGACGCCUUCAAGCCAGGGGGAUGCUACAUGAUCGCUGACCUUGGAGGUGGAACAGUGGAUACGACAGUACAUGAAGUGGCUUGGGACGGACGAUUGAUGGAGGUUCGUCAAGCGUCUGGCGGACCCUGGGGAGGCACUUCUGUCGACGAUACCUUCUACGAUUUCAUUGUUGAAAAAUUUGGCAAAGAUUUCAUCCACCAAUUCAGAACUGCUAGAGCUUCAGAUUGGAUGAUGCUAACGACAGAAUUUGAAGCACAAAAACGAAAACUGAGUUGUGACCAAACUUCAAAAAUUAACAUUCAGAUACCGCCUCGACUUAUCGCUGAGAGUAGAUCGGCAGUCAAGAGUCAACCAACUGAUGAUAAGAUCAUCAUCGACAACAAUGACUUAGAGAAUUUUUUCAGCCCUUCCACUGACGAUAUAGUGACUCAUAUCCGAUCUAUUCUAUCAGAAGUGAGUAAAGUAGAUCUUAUUAUACUGGUUGGUGGAUUUGCUACCUCCCGUUAUGUUAGUCGGGCCAUUCAAAAUGCUCUUCCGGAAAAGCGAGUCUUGGUUCCACUUCAGGCGGAAGUGGCUGUCCUAUUUGGCGCUGUGUUGUUUGGAUUUGAACCUUUGAUCAUUUGUGCUCGGGUUUGCAAACAUACAUACGGAAUUGGCAGUUUUGAGGUGUUUCGAGAGGGUGAACAUCGGCAAGACUACAAAGUAAUGGUGGAUGGCAGACCGCAUUGUGACAACGUAUUUGGUAUAAUCGUAUCGAAAGGCGAGAGGCUGAGUUCUUCUGAGUUACGUUCGCAUGCAUACUCUUCCACACAUCACGGGGAUCACAGGCGAAGCACCACUAUGGUCGUUCCCGUGUUCGCUUCUACCGAUAUCCAUCCUGAAUACACAACAGAGGACUCGUGUGUGGAGCUCGGCUGUAUCAGCAUCGAACCUCCGACAGACGGUUGGCCAGUGGAGGUACACUAUACAAUAGAAAUGUUUUUCGGACAUACCGAAUUUGCUGUCACAGUGAAAGACGAUUUCACUGGACAAACUUACAAGUCUCAUUUUGACUUUUUAAAGUGA